UAGAAGCGGUGCUAACUGUAAAAGAUACCCUUGCAGUUUGCCCUUAAAGCAAAAGCGAAACUAACAUCUACUUUACAGCUUUUUUAGAUAAAAUGGCAUCAGAGAAGACAAAACAGACCUUUCCAGACUUAUCAGAGAAUGAAAAGAAGUUGAUUGAUGCAAUCAAUAGAGGUGCUUUAGCAGAGGUUAAGGUAUUAUUGCAGGAGAAAGAUGUGAAGGUUGAUUGUCUUGAUGAGUCUGGGAUGACCCCUCUACAGCAUGCAGCAUUCAGGGGAAAAUGUGACAUUGCAGAUCAGUUGAUAAGUGUAGGGGCCAAUGUUAACUCAGAUCAACAUGAGAAUGGUUAUACUGCCCUUAUGUUUGCAGCAUUAUCAGGGAAUCCGGAUGUGACAAGGUUAAUGUUACAACAUGGAGCAAGGAAAGAUCGUACUAACACAGUGGGGAGAAAUGCAGCACAGAUGGCCGCUUUUGUUGGUCAGCAUCAGUGUGUAGCAGUGAUAAACAACUAUUAUGACAAACAUGACCUUGAAUAUUACACAGUGCCUAGAGGUCAAGAAAAAGAACCCAAACUACCACCAAUGGUGCUACCAGCUUUGCUAAAAUUACUCAAUAUGUCCAACAUGCAUCCUGUUAAGGUCUCACUACAUCUAAAAGAUAAUUCAGAACUCAUGGACGAGAGUUAUAAAGUAUGUAAAGUAUUAGACAUGAUCUGUGAGAAGGCAAUGAAAUCUAAGGACACUGAUGAUGUCAUGGCAAUGAAAGCCCAUUACUUCGCAACCAUCAUACGUAAAGCUAAAGAUGACACUAGUCUUGAUGAAUGGAUUAAAAAGUUAUUAAGAGGGAGACCUGGGGAUGGUCAUCCAGUAUUGCAAGAUCAACUUAUACGGCAAGCACUUAAAGAAUUCCCAUUUGCGGAAUCUCAACUCUUACAGAAUAUGGUCAGACAGUUGUCAGCUACAAAAAUUGGUGAACAUCCCACUUCAUUAAACAUAUUGAAUCAAGGUGUAAAUGGACAAAAGUUUGGCUUUGAUGAGGUGGAGGAAUGUAGUACAUGUGGCGAACCCAAUGCUAUAAAGAAAUGUUCAGCUUGUAAAAUGGCUCAUUAUUGUACUCCAGUCUGUCAGAAAAUGCAUUGGUUCACACACAAGAAAAUCUGCAAACAGUUGUUCGAGGAAUACAAAAGGAUUGAAAAAGCUAAAGAAGAGCAGAAAAAAAUGGAGGAAAAUAAAGAACAAGCAAAUGGUGAUAGUAAGACAGAGGAGGGUCAAGGAGGGGCCAAACCAAAAACAGAAGCCAAGGAUGGUACAGAAAAAGACACUGAUUUUCUGAAAGAAUAUCCAGAUGCUGCCAGGUUGUUAGAAGCGGCAUCAGGAGAAGAUGUAGCUAAUCCAGAUAUCGACAGCUUUCUAAAAGACCCAGAAAUCCUUAAAAUUUUCAAGGACAAAGAUGUAAUUAAAGCAUUCCAAGAAGUGAACGAUGAUCCAGCAAACAUAGAAAAGUACCAGAACAAUGAAAAAAUACAAAAAAUAAUCGAGUGUAUACCUCAGAAAUUGAGUGAAUAUAAGGUCGCAGCGGCAAAGGAAGGUGUCGCCGGGGCGGGGGUUUCAUAAUGAUCGGAAACAUUUGUAACCCUUAACCUGCUGAAUUUCUUAAAUGGACUUGUCCAGCUAUUAUUUUAGGAACAGUUCAUUAUAUAUUUUGGGGAUAUCAAGAUAAAAAAAUGCAAGUUUGUCUGCCAACAGUAUAAAGCAGAGUCAGACUCCAUAUGGAUGGCAUGGUGGCAGAAGAUAAUAUAAUUCCCGCAGGUUAAGGGUUCAAGGACAGUCAUGCUGUAAUUGUUUAAAGUUUUGUAUUGUUUAAGUUGGUACAUUUAAGCAGUUGUUUUUAAUAUACGUUUUUUAUAUAUAAAGUUUUCAAUGAAAUUGUGAUACAAAGAAAACAUGUAAAAAGGUUAGUAAGUUUUAAUAGUUUACUUUUAAUUAUAGAAGUUUAUUCUAAUUUGUGACGUGAACAUACUCCUAAAUGUAAAUGCCUCUUAUCAUAUCCAUUUGAAAUUUGACUAUUU